AAAGAGAACUCGAGUAUGAAGUACGAAGUACAAUACAAUGCCAUCUUUAAGAACACUCCCGUCGUUUCCGUUCACCAGAUUCGAUUUUUUCAGGUAAGAGCAAAAUAUCCUCUUUUGUUUUUCGUUUUGCUCUACCUGAAAAUUCAGAGUGGAGCAUACCUAAUUCUUUAUAAAUACGAUUCUCAAUUUCCGAUUAUCUUUCUUUUUAUCAUGUAUAUCGUAUACUGCAGAAUCCUUUUGCACACUCAAACUACUAAGAUUCCAUGAUUUGUUGUCAGUUUGAGCAAUUAUUUCCCCUUUUUGUUGUUGGGAUUCGUCGAAGAGAAAGUCCUUGAUUGUAGUUCUGUAAUAUGAUUUUCCCUUGUCCUGCAUCGAUCGACGGAUUCAAGGGUUUAGCUUUCGGAGUUGAAAGUUAGGGUUUUUAAUUGUAUUUGUUCGUCAUAUUGUUGAUGUGAAUCUGCUACUAGGAUGGAGAGUAACAAGGACGAGGCUUUAAGGUGCAUUGGUAUUGCCAAAGAAGCAAUUCAAUCCGGGAACAAAGCAAAAGCUUUGAAAUUCAUCAAAAUCGCAGGCCGUCUUAAUCACACUUUGGUAGUGGAUGAUCUUGUGGCCGCUUGUGAAAACAUUGAGUCAUCCGAUCAAGUUCCUCUAAGAAGCAAAAGAGAUGCUGGAAAAGCGAAUGGUGAGAGGGAUAAAGCCAAGUCGGACGAACCUUCAAACGGGAAUAUGAAUUACAUGGAAGAAAACAUUCAAUUGAUUAGGCAAAUCAAGAAUGAAAGAGACUACUAUGCAAUCCUUGGUGUGGAGAGGGGUUGUUCAGUUGAGGAGAUUCGAAAAGCUUACAGGAAGUUGUCAUUAAAAGUUCACCCAGACAAGAAUAAGGCUCCAGGCUCUGAGGAAGCUUUUAAGACAGUUUCCAAGGCUUUUAAAUGUUUGAGUGAUGAUGAGUUGAGGAAACAGUAUGACCUUACAGGUUUAGUUGGCCCUCAAUUCGAGUACAACGAACCACAACGUAAUAAUUUUCGGCGAAGGAGGAGGAGAACAGUGGAUGAUUUUUUUGAUGAUAACAUUGACCCAGAUGAGAUUUUUAGGGCAUUCUUUGGUCAGUCAGACUUGUUUAGAACCACACAUGCUUAUCAGACUAGAGCUCCUGGUGGGCACCAAAGAGAAGAUUCAGGUGGAUCACGGUCUAACUUCACCCCCCUCCUUCGUCUGCUGCCAUUGUUGCUGAUUGUCUUGCUUGCUUAUAACCCAUUUUCCGAGCCCGAGUAUUCAUUGCAGAAAGGUUACUCCUAUCAAUUCAAGAAGAUGACAGAGAAACAUGUAGUGGAGUACUUUGUUAAGUCAGCUGAGUUUGACCGGGAUUACCCUCCUGGCAGUGCUGGUAGGGAUAAAAUAGAAGAACGUGUAAUAAGGGAUUACAAGAAUGUGCUUGGUCGUUACUGUCAUAUAGAACUUCAAAGGAGGCAAUGGAAUCGGAACUACCCAACUCCUCACUGUGACAGGCUACGGAGUUUUUCAGUGGCAUGAAAGGUCUUUCUGGUGGAUUAUGAGGAGCUCUAAGGUAGCAAGACUGGCAACAAUUUCAUCACAUAUGUGAUCGGAUGACAUGGCGGGAUUUUGCAGACAAGGAGCCCAUGUCAUUCACAGCAUGGCAGGCAUUGCCGUUGCUUAUUUGUAUGCCAUUUCAUUCGGAAAUAUACUACUGUUUUUAUAUUUAUUAUGGACUUGUACUCUAUAGAAUUUGCAUAGAUUUAUUUAAAUGGCUCAGACCUCUCUGAAUUAUUAUAAAAUAAUAUUGCUUCUUAUAUGUGCGUUGCUUAUAAUGUUGCCAGAUUCAACCAGCUUCUAAUUGAAGUUUCAAUAGUUUCAACUUUCAAGUUCCCAUAGCCGUACUAUAUUUCAAUUCCAC